CUCCGUCUCUUUCUCUUCAUCUCUGCCCUCUUCACUUCUUCCUACAACUCUCUUUUACAUUUCUCCUGAUCUGUUGCUAUUUCUCUCCAUCCACUCCUGCCUCGUUACUCCGUUUUACCGAUCUGUCUGUCCACCCGUCGCACUGUGCUCGUCCGAGGCUAGUGUUCUCCUGGCCACCAUGAAGCUUCUUAUCGGAGGAGGAACAGAAAGAGGUGGAGGAGAACGAGGCGAACGAGGAGGUGGAGAAGGAGGAGGCGGAGGAGAGAAGAAUGCUUUCUCCUUCAAGAAGUGUUCCGCUUUUCAGUUCGUCAAAAGGAAGGUACGGAGGUGGAUGCGUAAUCCCAAAGUCAGUUCGGAGGGUAAAGACAUCCAGGGGCAGGGAGGUGCGCUGUAUGCCCACUGCACCCCCACAUGCCCCCUGGUGGCUGAUGGUCUGUGGUACACCCACUUCCCGUCCCCAUACGCCUGCUGCCACUACGACCAUGGGCACAGCCAGGGGCACAGCCAGGGGCACGGCCAGGGGCACAGCCAGGGGCACAGCCAGGGGCACGACCAGGGGCACGACCAGGGGGUAGGAAGAGACGACAAAAGCAAGGCCUGUAAGGUUAGGAAGUGGAAGAUGCUGAACAGUCACCACACCGAUCUCAAGCAAAAGGAGGCGGAGUCUCAAGCACAUCUUGGCGGCGGUUCUUGGGGGACGAGACCCAAUCCCCUGCUUGCUAACCCUGUCAUGUUGGAGUGCUGUGUCUGCAGUGGACCCUUUGUUAGCUAUGCUCUGGAAGAGGCCUGGCAGCCGCGACAACGCACUCAGGCGAUGGAUCUCUACUACCAUAAUGACCCAGACCUGGAAAACUACUGCUGUCCAGAUGAUUCUGCGUUCAUGAAACAGAGAAGGAUGGGUCUGAAUGACUUUAUUCAGCGGUUGGCCACCAGCAACUCCUACGCCUGCAAACAUCCUGAGGUAGAGUCUAUUCUUAACCUCCCCCCUCCACAGCAGGAAGCCGAACUCAUGAACGCAAACCCCUCUCCACCUCCCAGUCCCUCACAGCAGAUCAACCUGGGCCCGUCCUCCAACCCCACAGCCAAGCCCAGUGAUUUCCACUUCCUAAAGGUUAUUGGGAAAGGCAGCUUUGGCAAGGUCCUCCUGGCCAGACAUCGCAAUGAUGACCAGUUCUAUGCUGUCAAAGUACUGCAGAAGAAGGCCAUAUUGAAGAAGAAAGAGGAGAAACACAUCAUGUCAGAAAGGAACGUCCUGCUGAAGAACAUCAAACACCCUUUCCUGGUGGGACUCCACUACUCCUUCCAAACCGCGGAGAAACUCUACUUCGUACUGGAUUAUAUCAAUGGAGGAGAGUUAUUCUACCACCUUCAGAGGGAGCGUUGUUUCCUGGAACCCCGGGCGCGGUUCUACACGGCAGAGAUCGCCAGUGCCCUGGGUUACCUCCACUCUCUAAACAUUGUGUACCGAGACCUGAAGCCAGAGAACAUUCUACUGGACUCACAAGGUCACAUCAUACUCACUGACUUUGGCCUCUGCAAAGAGAACAUAGAACCGAACGGAACCACGUCCACAUUCUGUGGGACUCCGGAGUAUCUUGCCCCGGAGGUGCUCCACAAGCAGCCGUAUGACCGGACCGUCGACUGGUGGUGUCUGGGGGCAGUGCUUUACGAGAUGCUUUAUGGCCUGCCUCCUUUCUACAGUCGGAACACAGCGGAAAUGUACGACAACAUCCUGAACAAGCCUCUGCAGCUGAAACCCAACAUCUCCAACGCUGCUAAACAUAUUCUGGAGGGUCUGCUGCAGAAAGACCGUACACAGAGACUGGGCCAUACGGAUGACUUUGAGGAGAUCAAGAACCAUGUUUUCUUCUCUCCGAUUAACUGGGAUGACCUCACGGCUAAGAAGCUCACCCCACCAUUCAAUCCCAAUGUGACGGGGCCUAACGAUCUUCGUCACUUCGACCCGGAGUUUACAGACGAGCCAGUCCCCUCCUCCGUGGGUUGCUCCCCUGACUCCUCCCUCAUCAGCGCCAGUAUUAAAGAGGCUGCGGAGGCCUUCCUGGGAUUCAGCUACGCCCCCUCUAUGGACUCCUAUCUAUAGGCCAGCGGAUGUGUCCAUCAGCUAAUGAGAAACCACGCCCAGAACACUGUGUGCUUCUGUCUCCCUCAGAAUCAUCGCGCACAGCCUCCUCUCGGCCUAAGAUGGACUUGAACGCCCUCACCCUCCCCCAUCGUAAAUGACAAGUUAUUUUUGCACAUGGCUCAGGCUGCUUUACUGCCAGCCCCCCCCCCCCCCCCCCCCCCCCCCCGUCCCCACACACACCUCAAGACAUCCUCACCUUCAGUCAACUUGGGUUGCCAGAAAUUGGAGUCGAGUCUUGACAACCAGUUGCUUCUAGUUUCUGCCAGCCCUGCACAGGCAUUUCUUUUAGGCCUGCUCUGUUACACAUCUGCCUGCCUGUCUGUCAAGGUGUCUGUCUGUCUGUCGAGGUGUCUGUCUGUCUGUCGAGGUGUCUGUCUGUCUGUCGAGGUGUCUGUCUGUCUGUCGAGGUGUCUGUCUGUCUGUCGAGGUGUCUGUCUGUCUGUCUGUCGAGGUGUUGUUAGAAUGUCUCAUCUGUCAGAGAGAGAUGGAGGUUUGCUCUUUAAGGUGCCUUGAUAAAGAGGAUGUAGUAUGUCAGUAAGGUUGUCUUUCUCUCUAUUGCACUUGUGUGUUUUGUCUCAUUCGACCUGAUUUGACUUGUUCUCCACUGAUGGCUGUAGGUGGAACUCUGGUUCCUCCCCAAUGGCACCCUGUUGUCUAAAUAGUGCACCCUAUUCCCUACAAGUGCACUACUUUAGCCCACUACAGAGCCCAUAUGAAAUCCUCCCUUACAGCCUACUCACCGUUUCACUCAGUCACCAAGAGCACAGGAUUGGUUGUUUGCUGGUGGGAGUGGCUGAGCUGUUGAUUGGUUGAUUGAUUAAUUGGUUAAAAGAUGGUCUGGUUGAUUGAUUAAUUGGUGACUGCAUUGGGGAGAAGGCAAAGCUGCUAAUAUCUACGGUUCUGUAUCCUAAGUUCUGUUCUAAAGAACCUGGACCAAUAGAAAGAUGAAAUGGUUCCCCAAAUGACCCGCUAUUCCCUAUUGUGCAUGACUUCCAGAGCUCUGGUCUCUAGCAGUGCAUUAUAUAGGGAAUAGGGGGCCAAUAGGGAAGCAGGUGUGUACCGACAGAACAUGUUGUUGUGUUGACAUCCGUCCCCAUUCCUCAUCCCCUGGUCUUCCAGUCGCCUUUUGAUGAUGUAACAUCGCUCUAACACACAACAUUCCAUUUUAAUAUUGCUGUACGCAGCAGUUGAACGUUGUAUUUAAGUUUGUAUAUUUGGAGUCUAUUUGUGUACUAGUUUUAAUGUAUAUGAAACAAACUAAAGGUAUGAUUAAAUAAUGUAUGUUAACUCUUCAUGUUAAAUGUACUGUACAUUAUGGUUAUGUGGCUGUGUUGGGUUUGCAAUGAUAAAGUGUUAUCUCCUGA